UCGAAAAAUUUCAAAAAGCUUCUGAAAAACGCCGUAAGGUUCAUUGCGUCCUACAGGUGAGACGCGUUUAAGAAGCCUCCCAGAGGAGCCACCUUCUUUACUUGUUUCUUCUCUUCUAUCUCUCUUCUCUGGUCCUUUGGAGAAAGAAGAAGAAGAGAUUGAGCCCCCAUUAGUCUCUUCUUCUUCUUCCUUAAGCCAACCAAAAUCCAGCACCUCUCUCUCUUGCGGUAGUUCUUCAUCUUGUGGAUCAGAACUAUCUCAGCUCUGAAACAGGUGGAAGCGAGCAAAGAUGCCGAGGGAGAACCAAGAUGUCCAAGAUAACAUCCACAAUACUCCUGCUGUGAUGGCUCCUGCCGCUGCCAAACAGCCCGUGCCCGUUGCAAAGGGCCCUGAUGGCCAGUCUGUCUUGAAGAGGCUGCAGUCAGAACUGAUGGCUUUAAUGAUGUGUGGAGAUCCUGGCAUAUCAGCAUUUCCAGAGGGAGACAACAUCUUCUGCUGGAAAGGAACCAUCGCUGGGAGCAAAGACACUGUCUAUCAGGGAAUGGUCUACAAGCUCUCCCUCUCCUUCUCUAAUGAUUAUCCUUUCAAGCCUCCAAAGGUGAAGUUUGAGAAUGUCUGCUUCCACCCGAAUGUCGAUCUCAAUGGAGGCAUCUGUUUGGAUAUUCUUCAGGAUAAAUGGUCAUCUGCAUAUGAUGUGAGAACCAUACUGCUCUCAAUUCAGAGUCUUUUGGGAGAACCAAACAAUGAUUCUCCUCUCAACACCCAAGCUGCAGCACUUUGGAGCAAUCAAGAGGAGUUCAGGAAAAUUGUGGAGAAGACUUACAAGCCUGCCAAGCUUGAAUAGUUCUGUGACCCUGAAUUGGAUCAUAGACAUCAUGCACCUAAAGGAAGGAGAGAUUCAUUGUUGUUCUUCAAUAUUCUGUUGUAAUUCUUUCUUUCUUUUUUUCCCAUUUUCCUGUGGAGCUUUUGUCUACCUCAAACUAGUAAACUUCAUAUUAAAAUCUAUAGCUGGAUCACCAUUGUUGAUUUUUAAAAAUUUUUAUUGUUAUAAAUUGAGGAUUGGCUUGUUGGCCAUAAUUUGUCCUUCAUAAUUUAAUGCAAUCCCUUGUCUCCCCA